AUGAGUGAUAACAACAACAACAACAACACCAUUGGUUCACAGACAUCCCCCACAGAUAACAAUGCAGUGGCCCUUAAAGUGGGGCUCAUCGGGGACGCGCAAAUUGGCAAGACGUCGUUGAUGGUGAAAUACGUCGAAGGGUUAUUCGAUGAAGAUUAUACCCAAACUUUGGGAGUGAACUUCAUGGAGAAAUCGCUACAUAUAAAAAACAACGAAAUUACUUUCUCGGUAUGGGAUCUUGGGGGUCAGAAAGAGUUUAUCAAUAUGUUACCGUUAGUAUCGAAUGAUUCGGUGGCGAUCUUGUUUAUGUUUGAUUUGACAAGAAAGUCGACAUUAAACUCGAUUAAAGAGUGGUAUCGUCAAGCAAGAGGUUUCAAUAAGACAGCAAUACCGUUUUUAAUCGGUACAAAAUACGAUUUGUUCGUGGAGAUGUCCCAGAAAGAUCAGAAAGAGAUUACAAUCCAGGCAAUGAAGUUUGCCAAGGCCAUGAAGGCCAGUUUAAUCUUUUGUUCCACCAGUCAUUCGGUGAAUAUCCAGAAAAUCUUCAAGAUUAUCUUAUCAAAAGCGUUUGAUUUGAAACUAACGCUACCAGAGAUGACGGGGGUAGGCGAGCCAAUAUUAAUAUAUAACGAAUCGACUCUCUAG